AUGGCUCGCUUCCUGUCGGAAGAUAAAUUAAAAGGUUUCGAAAAAUACAAAUAUAACUCUGUGGAUACUAGUGUCCUCAGUAACUAUGUUAUGCACCCAUUUUGGAACUGGUGUGUCCAGUUCUGUCCAGUAUGGGUGGCUCCGAAUCUGCUGACAUUCACUGGUUUUCUGCUGACAGUGCUGAACUUCUUUGUUUUCUCAUACUAUGACUAUGGUUUCUAUGCUAUGACAGCUGAGAAUGUCACCAAAGAUCACAUACCUUCGUGGGUAUGGGGAGUCUCCGCUGUCAACCUCUUUGUGGCUUAUACUCUGGAUGGUAUCGACGGCAAACAGGCUCGGCGCACUGGUACCAGUGGUCCAUUAGGAGAGCUGUUCGACCAUGGACUGGACUCGUACUCCGCUGUGCUCAUCCCUACCUUCCUCUACAGCAUAUUUGGCAGGGAUGAAGUGAGCACGCUACGGUUCCUGUUUCUGAUAUGGAACAUAUUCUUCAACUUCUAUCUGACACACUGGGAGAAGUACAACACUGGAGUCAUGUUCCUGCCCUGGGGAUAUGACUUCACAAUGAUUGGUUCUUGUAUCCUCUUGCUGGUGACGUCAGUAUUCGGUCCCGAAGCGUGGCACAUUCCCCUGCCAGGCAACAUCACGCCCGGCGUCAUCUUCGAGUUCGUGCUGUACUUCUCCGCGAUGCUCACCAGCCAGACUGUCAUAUUAUGGAAUAUUUACAAAUCGUAUCGUGACAAAACAGGCAAGAUGCGUUCAUUCAGUGAGGCGGUGCGACCUCUGGUGCCCCUGUUCAUAUUCUUCGCAUUAAGUUCUGUCUGGGCCAUCUACUCGCCAACUGACAUCAUCAACAGAGCUCCUAGAAUCUUCUACAUACUAACCGGAACCAUAUUCUCUAACAUUAAUUGUCGGCUAAUAGUGUCACAAAUGAGCGAUACUCGGUGCGAGGCGUUCAACGGUUUGCUGAUUCCGUACGCGCUGGUGAUGUGCACGGUUUUCUUUUUCCCCGUUUCUGCUAUCACUGAGCUCUUGCUACUGGCCGGUCUAUGCGUCGCCAGCUCCAUUGCUCAUAUCUAUUAUGGCACUAAAGUGGUACAAGAAAUGUGUGAUCAUUUCAAAAUUGAAUGUUUCCAUAUCAAGCCAAAGAUAAAGUAA